UACAUAGUCACGUAAAAUCGCCGACUCCAAAAAAAUCUUCAUUUUUACUCAUAAAGAUGAACAUUCCAUUUCCAGAAAGUGCCUUGGAUCACAAAAAUUGUCAAAAUUUAAUGAGUUUGAAAGAUGACUGCUUGCUCCAUCUUCUACGUUAUUUCGAACUUUUGGAACUAAUGGACCUUCAAGGAGUUUGUUGUCGCUUAGACAAUUUGAUUUUUCGAUCUCGCAAAAGAUUCGGAUCCAUAAAUUUUGAGGAUAUCUCAUCUGGAUUGAAAGCAAAAUUCAUGGAAGUUCUCCAGUUCUUAGGUUCAGCAGUGAAAUCCUUAAAUAUGGAAGGAUUUAACAAAAGUUACCCAAAUGUUGAACCAUCAGUGAUUUUUGAAUGGAUCGAUACUCAUUGCGUCUACUUGGAGACAUUCAUCAAUCCAAGUAUCGAUCUUCAUGAAAUCACGGCGAUCCAAAAGUUUUCGUCGCUGGUCAAACGAUUGAAAUCUUUGACCUUGAGAGGUCAAAUUUGUGAUGAUAGUUUGGCUGACAUCUUUGAAGAUACUUCACUUGAAGAGUUGGAGGUCUGUCAUAAUCACGAUAUUACUGAAAGCUUCUUUGUACAUAUCUCAAAUUUAAAAUCAUUGAAAAUCUCGUAUUGUAAGAAGAUGUCAUCAAAUUCUCUCAUAGAAAUUUUGAAAAAUAAUUUGACCUUGAAAACGCUCACAGUAUAUGUUCAUUCUCAAACUAUUGAAGGCAACGACAUCUUAUUGAACUUCAUAACCAAUAACCUUAAAGACAUUGAAGAACUUGAAAUAUGGUCACUUUGUCAUAACAUUUAUCGUUUAGCUGACUUACCGAACCUUAAAACGUUGAAAAUUGGACACACAAGUAAUGAAAGAACUGAUGCGAUGUCCCAAGAGAUAAAUAAACUAUUGGAAAAACUGAAGCAACGAAAUAUAAUGGAAAAACUUUAUUUCGUAGGGUUCGAAGGUCGUAUAAACAUGGAUCUUCUUUGCAAAUUAACCAAUUUGAAGGUAUUGUUUUUGAAUGGAGGUAAAGCACUUACGAAUGCUGAAAUGAAAAAACUGGGAAAUCUUCCAAAUCUUGAGCAAUUUAUACCUUGGGAGAUAAAGAAAGUUUCAUCAAUUCUAACUUUGUUAAAAUUUUCUCGGAAACUUGAAUAUUUAAGUGUCCAGUCAAGCGACAUGGACUUUGAAUUUCUUGAGAAAAUUAUUCAGAUAUUGAAUGAGGUUAAACGACCAAAAUUAACACUUAUUGUUGACCAUUUUUAUGCUGGACAAAAUGUUGAUAGAUAUCACCAGUUACUUGAAGAUAAUAAGCAUGUCAUUGACUUUGGUUGCGUUUGGUCGGAUUUCGAAGGCUACGGUCAAGAUUUUUCCGAUGAUGAUGAUGAUUAUUAUGAAGAUUAUUACGAUGAAAGUGAUGAUUAUAAUGAAGAACAGUUCUCAGGAUCCUCUGAUUAGAUGUCACAAUUUUAUUUGAGGUUAUGUUUGAAAAUUCCAUCAUGGCGCCUUAUUGCAAAAUUAUUAUAAAAAAUAUUGGAAUAAAUUUAUUUAUUUUAUAAACAAAA